GCAGUGGCCGGCUCGGCGGCGGCGCCUCUCCCCUCAGCCGCCGCUUUGGCCGCCCCUCGUCGUGUCGGCGACGCCGCCCGCCGGUUUCCGCAAUAUCUAGGUCAAGCAAAAGCCUUAUUAAAGAGUCCUGUAUCUCCAUGACAACUAAAUUGUCUCUGUCAGAUCAUGGAGAAGGAAGCUUUAAAUGAAGAGGAUACUAAACAGGGGGUCCAUAUUUCUACCCCACAAAAAUUCAUCUGGGAAACUAGAGGCAUGGAGAGCAGGUGCUCAGAGACACAAGGGACAACAUGCUCAAUUACUGAAGAGGAAAUAAGAGGCAGAGGAAAAGCAAAGAGGAAACAAAAAAGCAGCCGAAGCAGAUUAACCUCCAGUUCAGAAGAAUCCUCUGGGAGUUCAACAAGCUCUUCGGGAAGCAGAAGCCGAUCAAGUAGUGAUGAGGCUCCUCAGGGGAAACCAAAGAAAAGAAAAAGGGAAAGGGAAAAACACAACAAAAAGAAGAGAAAAAAGCAGAGCAAGCUCAAAAAAAAGAAAGAAAAGAAGAAAAGGAGAGAGCGUUCAAGUCCUGUUCAGCUUUCCAAGUUCCUGAAAGAUAAGAAGAAGAAUGACAAUUACAGCAUGAUAACAGGAAAGAAAAUUAAAAUGAAGAUAAAGAAAACCAAAAAGGAUAAAGAGAGGGACAGAAACCGGGCUGAACUUCUGGAUUUCCUGAACUCUGCUUUGUAAUGGAAGGAUAGUCAAGCAAGAACUCAAACUCAUCUGGUUGUAAUUCUUAGCAAAAAAAAAAAAAAAAAAAAUCAAGGAUACUCAGGGAAAAGGGUAGCUUUCAUGGCAAGUUAAGACUCCUCGUGACGACAAUCAGUGUCCCUUGUAGCUGGUGAAAUAAAGUUUCUGAGCAGCAAA